GCCGACGCAGCAGCGGUCCCAGCUCGCCGAGCCUCGAGACACGCGAGUUCCCGGGCGGCCCGGGAGGGCGCUGCGUGAGGGCGCGCGAGGCGGCGCGGGGCAGGCCGCACGCGCCCCUGGUCGCCCCCCGCCCGCGGGCGGACCGGCCCAGCGCAGCCCCGGCACGGGGAGCGCCGGCCGGGCGAGGGCGCGGGCGAUGCCGCGGUGACGGCCCCGCCAUGGCGAAGCCCCCGGCGGCAGCGGCGGCGGCGGCGGCGGCGUCGUCGGAGGAGCUGAGCCAGGUGGCGGACGAGGAGCUGCUGCGCUGGAGCAAGGAGGAGCUGGCGCGGCGGCUGCGGCGCGCCGAGGGCGAGAAGGUGGGCCUCAUGCUGGAGCACGGCGGCCUGAUGCGCGACGUGAACCGGCGGCUGCAGCAGCACCUGCUGGAGAUCCGCGGCCUCAAAGACGUGAACCAGCGGCUGCAGGACGACAACCAGGAGCUGCGCGAGCUCUGCUGCUUCCUCGACGACGACCGGCAGAAGGGGCGCAAGCUGGCGCGCGAGUGGCAGCGCUUCGGGCGCCACGCGGCCGGCGCCGUGUGGCACGAGGUGGCCCGCUCGCAGCAGAAGCUGCGCGAGCUCGAGGCGCGCCAGGAGGCCCUGCUGCGUGAGAACCUGGAGCUCAAGGAGCUGGUGCUGCUGCUGGACGAGGAGCGCGCGGCGCUGGCGGGGGGCGCGGGCGGCGGCGGCGGCGGCGGCGGUGGCGGCGGUGGCGCCGGCUCCCGUAGCUCCAUCGACAGCCAGGCCAGCCUGAGCGGGCCGCUGGCGGGCGGCGCGGCCGGAGCGGGGACCCGCGACGUGGGCGACGGCAGCAGCACGUCGAGCGCCGGCAGCGGCGGCAGCCCCGACCACCACCACCACGUCCCGCCCCCGCUGCUGCCCCCCGGGCCGCACAAGGCCCCGGACGGCAAGGCUGUCGCAACGCGCAGGUCCCUGGACGACCUGUCGGCGCCACCGCACCACCGGAGCAUCCCCAACGGCCUGCACGAUCCCUCGUCCACCUACAUCAGGCAGCUGGAGACCAAGGUGAAGCUGCUGGAGGGUGACAAGCUCCUGGCACAGCUGCCCCGCCCCUAUGGCCGCCCGAGAAGCUGGCUUCAGGCAGGCUCCGGAGAGUUCCGGACGCUGCGGAAAGGCUUCUCUCCGUACCACUCGGAGUCCCAGCUCUCCAGCCUGCCGCCCUCCUACCAGGAUGCCCUGCAGAAUGGCCCGGCCUGCACGGUUCCCGAGCUGUCCCCGCCCCCCUCGGGCGGCUACAGCUCUGCGGGACAGAAACCAGAGGCUGUUGUACACGCCAUGAAGGUCCUAGAGGUCCAUGAGAACCUGGACCGGCAGCUCCAGGACAGCUGUGAGGAGGACCUGAGUGAGAAGGAGAAGGCCAUUGUCCGAGAGAUGUGCAACGUGGUCUGGAGAAAACUGGGAGAUGCCGCCAGCUCCAAGCCCUCCAUCCGGCAGCACCUGUCUGGAAACCAGUUCAAAGGGCCUUUGUAGGGCCGUUCCUCCCUGGACGUGGACUGGCCCUGCCUGGGGUCCCCAGACGUGGGCAGGCCCUCGCGCCGAGCCACCAUCUUCUUUUUCUGUGGUGAAUUGUACAUAGGACGCUGCCCGCUGUGGCCUGGCUACUGGGGGCGCGACUCCAUUUCCCACCUCUCACGCACCAGCAAACCGGGAAGGCUACUACUCCCCGCAGCAGAGCGCCUGCACGGCCGCGUUCCUGCUCUGCGGCCCGGGCUCUGGGCUCCACGGGCGAGAGGCUGAGGCUGCUCAAGAGUUGUCCGGCCCAGGCACCGUGCCAGGCUGUGCCCAGCCUUGGUGGAGGGGCACCUCAUCAAGCCCUCCACCGCUGGCCGACCCCUGUGCCGGACAGAGGCCGCUGGCAGCUGGACGGAUGCACGGGGCACCACUUCUGACCCGCCUGCUGUGGCCUAAACACUGGCUCCAUAAGCACUGGGCCCCCAGAGUCGUGGACGAGGAAACUCGCCCGCGGCCCUUCCUCUGGCCCCAGGGCCCAGCCUCCCCGCUGCCGGCUCUGCUUGUUUUUAGAGUUCACGCCCCUACCCCUGGCCACACACUCUGCAGUGUCCCCUCACCCUGUCCUAGGCUGUGCCCUAUCCUUUUGGGUCCCUCCUGACCAGGGCCCGAGGCGCCUCCAUUUCUGUGCUUCGCAUCAUGGGCUGCGUGGACUCUCUGGGCUGGGCCUCUCUCUCCGCGUGGGUGGCACCGGGCCGUGGCCGGGCCUCUGCUCAGGAACGUUUGCCCCUGGAGCUUGGCCCCCUCUUGGAUCACUGUGGACGGAGUCGCGUGGCCGCAGGUGAAGGAGUUCUGCCCUCCUUGGGAGGAGCCCUGCUUGGCUCUGGUUUUCAUUUUCCUGUGUGACCCUCAGCAAGUCACUCAGCCUCUCUGGGCCCCUGGUCGGGAAAGGAGGGCUCAGAGGUUCGAGGCCAUCGGCUCUAGUCAGGCUGUGUCGUCACUCACAGCAAGCGAGCCAACGGGGUCCUCCUGCUGGAGAGGCGGCUGGUGGGUGGGCUGGGAGAGGCGGAGGCCCCAGCUGAGUUCCGCUGCCUUGCUGCCUCCUCUCGGUGGACGGUCACCCCCCUUCCUGAGCCUCAGUGUCCUCCCCUGCAGAGUGGGCAGCCUAAGGCCCUCCUUGCAGGGCUCUGGGGAUCAAAUAAGACCCUUCGGUGUAAAAGGAUUGUGUAUAAACUGUAAAGCGAGGCAUGUAAAUUUUAAAGUUUGUGUGCGAAGGCAGUGAGGCCCCGAGGGGGUUAAGUGAUCAGUGGCGUAUCACAAACAAGAUCCCAGAGCGUGGAGGGUGGGGACAGGCCGCUGUUGUAACCAGCCCCCGCGGCCACCCACCGUCUGCAGUUCCUCCCCCAUCACUGGACUCCAGCGGUCAUUAGAGCUCUGUG